AUGGAGACCGGUUUGCGCCCAGCGAGGCGUGCGGCUGCCUCGCCCGACGCGGAGCGAGCCGAACACGCGAAGCUCGUCGGCGUGCUUCGCGCGUGCGACAAGGCGUACCACGCCGAUGGCCGCUCGCUAGUCCCUGACGGCGUCUACGACCAGCUGAAGGCGCGGCUGCUCAAGCUCGAAGAGAAGUUCCCCGCGCUCGUCACGCCGGAGAGUCCGUCCUCGUACGUUGGCGAGGGCCCCUUCGCGGCGGCCUCAGACCCAUCGUCCUCCGCCUCUGCGUCUCGCUCACAUUCUGCGUCUUCCUCUUCGUUUUCUGCAUCCGGUUUUCCUUCGUCAGUCUCGUGUGCGAUCUUGAGGGAAGAUGCGCCGCAGCUCGGCCGUGCGCUUCUCGCCGUGGCGGCGGGGGCCCGCGGAGAAGGAGACGGAGGAGGACUAGGCGCCAGCGAACGCCGGGGGCUGCGCCGCCCGCGCGACACGACAGAUGGAGCGGAAGAAGGCCCGCGCGGGCGCGAGGGGGAGGAGGACGCUUCGAGGCCCUGCGUCUUGGGCGGGCGCGGGAGACGGCGCACCUAUCACCUCGCGCCGAUGCUUUCGCUGAACGCCGUAAAGGACGCGAACGGCGACAGGCACUUAAUUUACAUGAUUGCGCAAAUGAGCAGGUCGCUCGGCAUCGCGUGGCCGCCCAAGCAGAAGGCUAAAACGGCGAAGAAGAAGGGGAAGAAGAACGCGAAGAAAGCGCAGGGGGGGUCACGGGCGCAGGCGCCGGGGGCUGCCUUGGGGUCUGAGGCUUCCCCGUCUCACCGGCAGAGGCCCGUGGUAGCGCCAGCCUUGCUGUCAUCUUCCUCGUUGACAGAGGCCGCAUCUUCGUCGUCGUCGCUCGCGCGGUUUCCCUCCGCGGCUUCCUCGUCGGCAGCCUCGCCGUCUGAGUCGCCCUCCGCCCCCGCCUCUCCCCCUGCGGCGCGACUGCUGCUGCCCUUUGCCUUUCUCGCUGAGCCUAAAAUCGACGGAAUCUCUUGUGCGCUGCGGUUUCGCGCAACGCCACUCUGUUGCCCGUCGCGCCCGCCUUCGGUUGGCUCGGCUAGCGGCGCCGGUGCGGUUUUCUGUGGCGAGAGUUCGGAGCCCGUGGAUGCCGCGGAGGCGGGCACGCGAGAAGGAGCACUGGAGGCGCUUCACACGUCGCCGGAGGGCGCUGAGCGACGCGCGGCCGAUUUGCCUUCGGUGGACGUCGCAUGCAGUCCGUGCGGAUCUUUUUUUCCGUUCCUGAGCGACUUUUCGAAUCGACUGGCCUCUGGCGUGGAGUUGACAUCUCCGGACCGUCGCGCCUCCUCGCAGAUUCAGGCGCGGAUGGCGUGCGCGCCGCCUGCCCCCCUCGGGCCUCGCCCGCCCUGUCCCCCCUCGGCCUCGCCAGUCUCCGCGGUCGGAGUCUCUUCGUCGCCUGCGCUCCUGUGGACGUUCCUGGACGGCUCGCCGCGCGGCAACGGCACGUGGGGCGAAGACAUUUCCCACACGCUUCGCGCCAUGCAUCGCGCCGAGAGACUUCCGCUCGCCUUCCUAACGCGCCUCCACGCGCCCGAGCCGCUCGCGCCGCAGAGUCUCCAGCAGCGAUUCAUCGAGAUUCGAGGCGAACUUUUCCUCUCGACCGACGCGUUCGAGGAGUACGUGGUGCGGCGGCGCAGGGAAGGAAAAGAUCCCCCGAUUCACGCGAGGCAUGCUGCGAGGGGGAUCGCUGAGUCGGGGGAGCACACCGAUCUCCUGCGGUUCGCCGCGUACGGGCUCGUGGAGGCGCGCGGCGGGACUGCGGCGAGCGCCGAGUCGCCUUCUGCCAGGAACGAGCUGCGCGUGGCGACAGGGCCUUCGCUCGAGGCUGCGCGCGACGGCGAAGCAACCGGAGAGACGCGGAGGCACGAGGCGCUCGCGCGCCCUUCCAGGUUCGGCCCAAGUCCGCAGGCCGAAGCAGAAGUCUCUGUGGAGCGCGCACGCGCCGCGACAACCGGCGACGCGUGGCAACCGGCGGAGAGGCGGCGAGGCGACGCAGUCGAGAGCCCCUCGCUGCGCAGCGACGAAGAGACAGAAGACGCAAGCGCCGCAGGCGCAGGGAGGGGAGAGUCCGGCGGAACCCUGGACGCUGAAAAGCGAAACGUGUUCACUCUCCGCACUCAGGAGGAUUUGCUGGAGCUUCUGGGCGCGCUGGGCUUCUGCACGCCUCGAGAGUCCGCGCGCGUAUGUCGGUCGAUGGAGGAGCUCCACGGGGCUUUCGUGGUGUUUCAGCGCGCAAGCGAAGGCGCGCAAGGCGAGCAGCUCGGCGAUCCCGGAGGUGCAAAGGAAGCACGCGCGAACGACACUGAGGUUUCGACGCAGACGCCAGAAGACGACACGAGAGGAGGAGCCUCACCUUCAGAACGCCCGCCGCCUGUCCCGUCCUUUUCCUCCUCCUCCUCUUCCUCCUCUUCGUCCUCCUCCUCAGGAUCUGAGUCUUCUUCCUCUCCGCAUUCGUUCGCGUCGUCUUGUGCAUCUGGCUCGCGUGCGUUGCCCUCCGCUGCGCCGUCGUCUUCGCUGGCGUUUCCGCCGCUCGGACGGGUGCCUGCGGACGGAGUGGUGUUCAAGGUGCUGUCGCUGGAGCGGCAGCAGCGUCUGGGCAACCGGGCUCUAGGCCCGCGCUGGGCGUUUGCGCGCAAGUUUCCGCAGCCCUUUGCGCUCUCGCGAAUCCGUGACUUUGUCUUCUCCGUCGGGCGGUUCGGCUCCGUCCACGUUGUCGCAGCGCUCGACCCCGUCCGCAUCGGCAACCUGAAGAUCUCCCGCGCGUCCCUGGGGCCCGUGGAGGCGCUGCGCCGCCGCGGCCUCUCAGUGGGCGACGAGGUCUACGUGCAGCUCAGCGGCCAUACCACGCCGCUCAUCGUUGGGCUCCGCGAGGCGCUCGGAGGCGCCGCGAGCCAGAGCCGCAGCGGCGCAGGUGCGACCGACGACGGGGCCGGAAGCUGCGCAGGAGCACGCCGAGGCGACGCGCAGCUCCCUGGGAACGCGUGGCGGCGCGACGAGCGCUACGGACGCGCCGCAGAGCAAGACACCGCUCGCAAGGGGGGAAUCGACGCAGACGAAGCAGCCGGGCGAGACGCGGAUGCGCUGGGGCUCGGUUCAGCGUUCGUUAGGGACGGCAGACGCACAGCCGCCUCGGGUCGACAGAGAGAGACACGCGGGGACGGCGAGAGCGCGAGCCGACCCUCCUGCUCCAUCGCGCGGCCGAGCAGUAGUCGCCUCGGCGUGCCGUCCUGGGAUCUGCGUCCCUCGCUUGCUUCCCUCUCCGUCGCGUCGAGUUCGCAGCCUCUCCCUGCCUCAGACGCUCCUCGGCUCGCUCCAGCUGCGUCUCUGGGCUUGGUCACUCCCGCGGAGGGCGGCGAGGCGGCAGCAGCGGCGCCGCGGUUCACGCUUUCUCCCGCGGUGGCGGCUCUCCGCUGCCCCUCGUGCGGCGACGCGCUCGUCUUCGUCCCUGCGUCUGGACCGGCGGAGACGGGGCGCGAGAGCCAGCAAAUAGAAAAGGCAGCGAGCGCCUCGCAGCAGGCCUCCGUCGGCUCGACUCCGCCGCUCCCGCUUGCCGCGGCUGCGCUCGGCUCGCUCGAGGGCCGUCUCUGCUGCUCUCGCGGCCGCGACUGCCCCGGACAGGUGUCGCGUCUGCUGCUGCGUUUGCUGGGGCGCUCCUGCCUGAAUGUGCGGAGCCCGUCCGCGGCGUUUCUCCUGCUGCUCCAUCGCGCGGGCCUGCUGCGCCGACCCUCGGACUUUCUGCGGCUCUGCUUCCUCUACGACGUACACCGGCACAUGAUCUUCACGCGGCGGACGCCCGGGGAGAAGGCGCGACGCGGCAAGGCGAAAAAGAAAGAAAACGCGCCCAGCGCGCGCCUCCCACAGCAGGAAAGACUGCCGAGUGGCGCGGCGGCCUCGCCGCCCUGCGGCGGGACGAGUGUCUGUGGGGCGUCGAGGUUAGAGGAGCAGCGGAGCGCGUCUGAUGCCGGGCGUGGAGACGAGAGGCAACAGCGCGCAGGCUCCACGCGGCCGCCGGAGGUUUGGCCGCCAGAUUCCGCGGUGGGCGCGAGGAAGCUUGAAAGAGGAGGUCGGGAGGCAGCUGUUGAGGGCGACUUGAGCCAGAUGCCGUCACUCUUUGAAGUGUGUCGCCCGAUGGAUGGCGCGCGGCCGCGACCCCUCCAUCUGACGGCUAAGCAGGCAGCGGAUCCGACAACGGUCGCGAGAAUCCUGGGGCUCGAAGCCCCUCUGGCGCCUUCUCGCGCCACGGCCGAGCUUCGCAGCGCCGCCCGGCGGCGCUCCGAUGUGCCUCUGCUGAACGGCUGGGAGAGCCUCGUGCGGCAGGUGCUGCGGCGGUGCGCCGAAGGCCUUCCGCUCCACGGUCUCCUUUUCGCGCUGUCGAUUGAACGCUUUGGUCUCAGGGCCGCCAAGCAGCUGGCGGCGGCCUGCGGCGGCGACGGAGGCCUCGAGGGACUCCUGCGCCUCGUGAAGUGGAUGCGAGAGGAAAAGCGACGAACCGAAGGCCCAGUACCGGCUUACGACUCGAGUCUCUCCUCGCCGGCUCCCGCGUCGCCCGCUGUGGCAGCGGAGGCUGAGCUGGCGCAGGCCUCCUCCGUCCUUUCUUCGUCCACCUCGUCUUCGUGCCCGCCAGCCCAUUCCUUUUUGCCGCCAGCCGUCGCCGCCUGGAGCGCGGCCCUCGCGGCGGAAUCGCCGCUGCCGUCGCUGGAGACUCUCCCGGAGCCGCCCGAGGCGAUGAAGCAGAACUUCCUCGCGCUCUCGCCCUCGCUGCGGCAGCGACUGGCGGUCUUCUUCGCCGACGACGACAACGUCCGCGAACUCCUGCUCCUGGCGGCCUUCUGCGGAGGCAUGCAGGGCGCUCUCCCUGCCGCGCACCUCCGCGGACUCUUCGCCUCGAGCCUGGCCUCGUCUGCCGCCGGUCCACCUCUGGAUGCGCCGCCAGUCUGCGCGCCGGCGCCCAGUUCGCGUUCCGCGCCGCCCGCCAGCAGCUCCGCAUCUCUGCCGCGGCUGGCGGAGCUGCCUGCCUCUGCCCCCUCGCUCGCGCCGAGCCCUGCGCGUUGCGGGGCUUAA